CCGAGCGACAGGGCCGCACUCCGGGAGGCCCGCAAGGCGCUGUCAGUGGUGUUAUUGAUUUUCUGAAAAGUCAUGUGAAUUUCCUUCUUGUCCGCGCGUCCAGGCCAGGAGAUGGACUACAGCAGGAUGAGCAUGGACGUGUUCAACUUCAACCUCGACCACCAGGCGUACUACACGCAAUUCCCGAUGGGCGUCGUGCCGCAGCUGCCCCCGGCGGACGCGCGCCUGGAAUCGGCGCCGCUCAUCAUUCCCAAGGUGGAGAUCUACGAGCAGCCGCCGCCACAGGAGGCGGGACAGGUGGGGCAGCCGGAGGAGCCGGAGGGCGUUCAGGACGGUAAUCCGGCGGCGGAGGCACUGCAGUGUCCACACUGCUUCAAGGUGCUGAAGAGCGCCAAGUCGUUCAAGAGCCACCUGAGGAGCCACCCAGAGAGCCGGCCGGAGGCGGAGACGAAGCAAUGGAGCGUCUGCAACUACUGCAACAAGGUGUUCUACGAUCUCAACCAGCUGAAGCAGCACAUCGCCACGCACACGAAAGAGCAGCUGCACAAGUGCCAGUUCUGCUACAAGUCCUUCCCGGAGAAGGUCCACCUCACACACCACCUGAAGGAGCACCAGGAGCUGAAGGACUACAAAUGCCUGAACUGCAACAAGACCUUCGCCUCGCUCAACUACCUAAAGCUCCACUUCAAGAUGCACGCGGACGAGAAGCCCUACAAGUGUAGCUACUGCGACAAGCGAUUCACCUUCUCCAGCAACCUCACCGUGCACACGAGGAUCCACACGGGCCACAAGCCCUACCGCUGCGUGGAGUGCAACAAGUGCUUCACACAGAUCAACUCCCUGAAGCAGCAUCACAAAGUGCACAAGGACGAGAAGAAUGAGAAGUGCAGCUUCUGCCCCAAAACCUUCCGCUACGCCGGCAACCUCAUCACGCACAUCCGCACGCACACGGGCGAAAAGCCGUACCGGUGCGAGUUCUGCGGCAAGAACUUCUCGCAGCUGGGCAGUCUCAAGGGGCACCUGAAGCAGGAGAAGGCGCGCCUGGGGAUCCACGAGUGAGAGAGACAGACAGCCUGAGAAUCUUCCCCCCCAAAAAACUCAAAUCUCCUUCAUGAAUAUAUACUUGGGUGUAAAAUCACUUUGUAAAACAGCCACUUACAUUAGAGUUACUGUGCAAUUUAUAAGUUUCAUCGUAUUUUACCACUAAACAUUGAGUAGAUCUUAUAGUCUCUAAAAUGACUAAUAAAUUUUAAGUGCCACAGAGAACGUCUCUCAGUGUCGUCG